UAUAACUUUUUAUUUAUUGGCUAUUUUUUAUAAUGUAAUAACUAUCACUUUUCCCUGCCAUUGAACGGCCGCGUCGCGUCAUCGUGGUGAAUGUUUAUGUUUACACGAUGAUUCAAUUUUAUCCGUCCGAACGAGCAUAAAACGGGACAAUUCGCAUUCAUUGAGAGUUCAGCUCAUUGAAGUAUUUCGAUCCUUUGCUGAGCGAGGAACGCUAAGACCUCGCGCUUUAAUUUUUUAAUUUUUCUUAAUACUUUUCGGGAAGUUUGUGUGUCUCUUUCUUUGGUCGCAUAAAAUUUCCCUCUUCAGUCUGAUCUUUUUAAUUUGUUUGCAAGCAAUUAUUUUCUUGAAUUUUGUUGACCAAUUUUAUUAAAAGUCGAACAAGAUGGCGAAAGUUCUUACGCUUGUUAUGCUGAUUUUCGUGUCCAUGGCCGGUUGGAUGUUUGGUGCUGAUACCGGUUCCAUUGGUGGUAUUACCAGUAUGCGCGACUUUCAGCAACGAUAUGCAGACAGGUAUGAUCCUGCCACGGAUACUUAUUCAUACUCUUCUGCCCGGCAAGGUUUGCUUGUUGGUAUGGUGAACACCGGUACCUUCGUUGGCUGUAUUCUUUCCUCUCCUUUGGCCGAUCGCUUCGGUAAGAAGAAGUGUAUUAUGGGUUGGACAAUCGUCUAUCUUAUUGGUGUUAUUGUUCAAUUGACAACAAUCCCUUCGUGGAUUCAGUUUAUGGUUGCUAAGAUUUGGACCGGUCUCGGAAUCGGCGCCCUGUCUGUCAUUGCUCCCGGUUACCAAUCCGAGUCUUCCCCCCCUCAUAUUCGUGGUGCUAUCGUUACUACUUAUCAAUUGUUCAUUACUGCUGGUAUUUUCAUUGCCGCAUGUAUUAACAUGGGUACCCACAAGUACAGUGAUUCCGCGCAAUGGCGUGUACCCAUUGGUAUUAAUUUGCUGUGGGGUAUCAUUAUGUUCAUUGGUAUGCUUUGGCUGCCCGAGUCUCCCCGUUACCUUGCGACAAAAGGCCGAAAUGAGGAAUGUCUUCAAAUCUUGUGCAACAAUUCUGGACUCUCUAGAGAUGAUCCGACAAUUGUUCGCGAGUACAAUGAAAUCCAGCAAGAUGUGCAGGCUGAGCUUGCCGGUGGCCCUUGCAGAUGGCCCGAAAUUUUUGGCAGAAAUAUUCGCUAUCGUACCUUCCUAGGUAUGGCUGUCAUGUCAUUCCAGCAAUUGACCGGUAACAACUACUACUUCUACUACGGUACUCAAGUGUUCAGAGGUACUGGUAUUGAUUCUCCUUUCCUUGCCGCUUUGAUUCUGGAUGCUGUCAAUUUUGUCUGUACCUUCGGUGCUAUCAUUGUUCUUGAAUAUUUUGGUCGCCGCUGGCCUUUGAUUAUCGGCGGUAUCUGGCAAUCUAUUUGUUUCUUUAUUUACGCAGCUGUCGGUGAUCGUGCUCUUUACCGAGCUGAUGGUACCUCGAAUCACCGUGCCGGUGCCGUUAUGAUUGUCUUCUCCUGUCUCUUCAUUUUCUCUUUCGCUCAAACUUGGGCACCAGCCGCUUACGUUAUCGUUGGCGAAUCCUAUCCCAUUCGUUAUCGUUCGAAGUGCGCAGGUGUUGCAACCUCUUCUAACUGGCUUUGGAACUUUUUAAUUUCAUUCUUUACGCCUUUCAUCACAAACAGUAUCGGAUUUAAGUAUGGUUAUGUUUUUGCUUCUUGCAAUCUCGCCGCCGCCGGCAUUAUCUUCCUGUUCGCAAAGGAAACUAAGGGAUUGACACUUGAAGAGAUUAACCAACUCUACAUGUCGAAUGUUAAGCCCUGGCAAAGCGGUGCUUACCAAAGAUCCCGCAAGGAGGAUGUCGCUGGAUCUGAGAAGCAACGUAUUGGACCUGUUCAAGACUUCCUCGAACAUGCUCCCAACUCUUCUUCUGGUGAGACUUAUUCAUCUUCACAUCUUCCCCCAGCACAAACUAAUCCCGUUGGUCUUUAGAUGAUCAAGUAGACGAUAGGGUCCACAAUUGAAAAUCUCACAAGUGCUCGAAACAUGUUAAAGAACAACACGGGAAAGGAAUCACUAAUCUUUAUGUGCAAAGGCUCACGGAUAACAUUUGCGGUCUGAAUAUGAGCGUGCAUUAUAUGUACGCGGUAACCAGUAUGGAUCGCUUAAUUGGUUUCUUUUUUUGAAACAUACAUUUCAUAAUAAUACUUGUGUCCUUUCCCUGUUGUUGAUUAACGGGUCUUAAGGGACUUCAAAAAGACGUGAAGUGUUAAUCAUUGAUAGUAAAUAUAUUUGUCGAAAAUAUGAA